CGUAGAUAAAUGCAAAUUCACCUUUUUCCCUAGACCAGGACGAGGGACCGUGUGAUGAUCUACCAAUACGUUGCAAAAGUAAGUUUCUUUGGAAGUAGUUGAUGUACAAAGGUAGCCGCAGGCCUAUACACCAAGAGUACUCUCAAUUGAUUUUCUCCUUGUUUUUUUUUGAAACAGAAAGACCGCAGCGAAGGGAGAGGUAGAGGACUGCAAAACGAUGCGUUGAAAAACUCCUCUCUUCGUUUUCAAGUUCCUGCAAGAACCGCUAAAGAAAGCCGCUUUUUUUCGUCGAGGUCCAAAAGUAAAAAGGAAGAAACAAGCCGCAAUUUUGCCCAGUGGAAAGGUGAAGUGCAACCGAUAGUUGUGAUGGCCGCACAAAAGGACAAAGGUAAUAAAACGCCGCAGGGCGGCGGCGACCUCGAAGAAUCCUUCUUUACCGAGGACGAAGAUUCAUAUGGGAGGAAAAAAAGUUCUAGGAUCUUUCGAGGAGGAUUAUUUUGCGUUAAAUGCAAUAGACUACGCAGAAGUCGCAGACGCAGCAGAAUUGGCAAACGCAAAUUGGUCAUGCUGCAUUUUUGAACUGAUGUUUUUGUCAAAAUUUUGACUCAUCAGCAAAAUUUCCCCUAUAUUUCGUCCUGUAAACUUUUUUUUCUCGUCCACAACCCUGUCCAUAUCGACCUCACUGACUUGAACAGCACCGCCUACAACAAGGUCGUGAGCAAGAUCCAAGACCAGUACGAAAUCGUGAAGGUACAAGUUGUUUAAAAAUGCCUGUCUUUCUACACACGCAUGAAGCUCAUGUCAAACCUAAACAAGCAUGACAAAUUUACAAAUUCUUCACCAGGCAAAUAAUCAUAAACAGGACGGCAACGCGUCUGCGGGGUCGAGUACGAGACCGCCGGCACCGGUAAAGAGAAUUACGGUCAGUGCAAGGAUUACAGUUCAGGUCCGUGAAAAGCCUGGCGGCACGGUGAAGAAGAACAAUUUAUUGUCAAAGAACAAACCGGCACUACCCGUGACCAAGGGUAACGACAAGAAUAAGAAGAACGCAGCUGCCGGUGGUGACAAGGAGAAGCAGAAAGGCAAGUCGAAAAACCUGCGCACGACGUCUUCCAGAAAACGGAUUAAGGUAGGCAAAAGCAACCAGAUGAAACUCGAUAAGAAGGCCGCAGCGAAGAAGGAACAGGAGCUGCAAAAACGACAGGUGGAUGCGGUGUUAGGCCAGCUUAAGCACUUCACUGUAUCCUGUGCAAAAGUAUCGUACUCGUACUGCAAUCAUGCAUUACAAACCUCUUUGUUGACGUUAAGUCAAAUCCGUAUUACAAAUUUUAUUUCUCUUGCUGAGGAAAUUUGUAAUGCAAUUAUACAAGUAUCGGAUAGGAUUAGGAAUAGGAUACUUUUGCAGUGCAUACACUGAGCAGAACGGCAAGAACACGGAGAUAACCGACGAGAUGGAGGAAGAGUUCAGAGGCGCUUUGGGGAUAUCAAAUGUAAAAAUGUCUGGGUCUCCUGGAAGAUUACCAGGUUUGUCAUGCAUAUUUUGAAUGACCCAUGAUGUCUGUGAUGCAUGCCCUAGCAUCACAGACUAUUAAAGGACUUUGCGACGCCUCUACCGCUUGAGAAAUGCCCUCUCCGCGUAGCACAGACCGGAGUUCUCUUCCUUGUCAUGCAAUACAAAUUUUGUCAGAAUCCAGAGGCAGCAUUACAAGUUUAGAACCUCGUUCCAGACCCAGACAUUUUUACAUUUGAUUGGGGAUGAUGCUGUGCUACAUGGACGCCAUCGUCACCGGAAACGGCUAUGGAAUUCCCAAAUCGGUUACCUUCUCAACCGUUACAAUGAACUUGUCAUGCAAAACUACCUUGAGCCGACAGACGUUGAAGCUACUUCGCAUGACAGAUCUCCGAAGGGUGCUAAACACCGUUUAGAUCUUUUCCAAAAGAUGCGAGAUUACCCCUUUCCCUGCCGCGGCUUUUGCAUCACUGAUUUAUGAUGUACUACGGUUGAAAAUGUAUCGACGCUUGAGAACUCCAUACAAACAAUGCAAAAGAUCUGGCUGACGUGAGAAACGAGCUGCGCGACGAGACGAUGAAAUUUCACAACUUGCUGAAAGCAGUGGGGUAUCAAAUGUAAAAAUGUCUGGGUCUGGAAAUUUCAAUUUGUGAUGCUGAAAUGUGCAUAACAAAAACGCUCCCUCAUGCAGCAGGAGAGCAUAAAGUUUGCAGAACGUUUCCUCAUACGCAUUCCGCAUGAGAAAGAGAAACUGCGUUUUUGUAUGACAAGGGAGGCUGCGACUUUUGUGGGUCAUGCAAUACAGAUCUCACAGGGAUGCAAGACCAGCAUUACAAGUUCCAACUUUAUUCCAGACCCAGACAUUUUUGCACUAGAUAUGGGGCCCCGAAACAGUGUCGACCGGAGGAAAUGGGCUUGUCAUUCCCUAUGGCUUGCAAAAAUGUCUGGGUCGGGAAGAUUCUAAACUUGUGAUGCUGUCGCUGGAUUCUAAAAAAAUUUGUAUUGCAUGACCAGCAAGAAGACUCCAGUUCGUGCUACCCGGAGAGGGCGUUUCUCAUGCGGUGGAUGCAUCACAAAGUCCUCUAAAAAUAUGUGAUGCUAGGGCAGGCAUCACAGACAUCAUGGGUCAUUCAAAUUGUGCAUGAGUGAUAAAGCUGGCAAUCUUCCCGACCUAGAUAUUUUUGCAGUUGAUAUUCCCUCGAUGCCCUCGAAGCAGCGAGCGACGUGCUUCAGGGGUGGAAGAGGACCUGCUUCAACCCUCUCAAGGAGACACUGGAUGAUCCAGUCGUGCAGUCCGUUUUCGUACCAAGUGCAAAAAUGUCUGGGUCUGGAAGAAUGCAAAUUCUGAUGCUGCAUUUGGACUCCAAGAAAAUCUGUAUUGCAUGAGUACUAGCGAAGGGAAAGCAAUUUUUGCGACGCUCUUGAGGAGGCAUUUUUCAUGCGGAAUAGGCAUCAAGAAGCGGUCAAAAAAUCUGUGUUGCUAAGGUAUGCAUCACAGACAUGAUCAUGGCUCAUGCUAAACGUGCAUUUGACAAGUGUAAGAAUCUACUUCCUGACCCAGACAUUUUUACAUUUGAUAUUUCGACGCUUAUGAAAAGAGGAAGACCUCCUCGUCUAUGAAGAUGACGGAGGCGAUAUCACAAAGAAAAAUCCCCCCUCCCCAUACCAAAACGGAGAUUUGUGGAGCAUGAUUUGCUACCACAAAUCAUGUUGUCAUGCUAGAAGGCAAAAGAUGCGGACUGUAGUGCUGGCUGGCGUGGGAAAACCUUGCAUGUUCAGCAUCACAGGAGGCCACUUUAAGUGGGAAACGGCAUGACAAAUCGCCUACAAUUUUGGCCGCAACUGCGUCUGUUGGCCUUCUAGCAUUACGAGUCGAUUUGUGUACGCAAAUCCAGCAUCACAAAUGUCCUUUUCAAUAUGGGGAGGGGGGAUUUUUCCUCACAAUAGGCGAUGAAAGAAGAUUUAACGCAAGCUGUGCGAAGGAUGAGGAAGUAUUUUCUCGACGCCGUGGAAAACUGGACGGACGAACACGAAACUUCCAUUACCGAAACCCAGAAUAAGCUAAAAAAGGCGUUACGCGAUUUUCGCGACGUGUGCCGCGCAAUCAAGAUUUCCGAGCGCGAGGUGCCUCCGCUGUGCGAGUCUGUUACCAAAGCGUGCACGCAUUAUCCUGUGCAAAAGUAUCUGAUACUCGUAUUGCAAUCAUGCAUUACAAAUCUUCUGCUAAAGGUAAAUCCCCAUCACAAAUUCCAUUUUUCAUGCUGAGGAAAUUUGUAAUGCAUUUAUACGACUACGAUACUUAUGCAAUGCAUACGCCUGUGGUGAUAGGGAUAUUCCGAACCCAGAUCGACUGGAAUAUGGAGUAUGGAGUUCUCAACCGUUACAUUCUCAACUGCAUUACAUGAAUUUGUCAUGCGAAACUAGUACCAUCAUCAUCCACAAGAUCAAGCUGCUUCGCAUGACAAAUUUGCGAAGGCGGGCUAAACAGCACCUAAAGCUGCGCGAGAUUUUUAAUGCAAUUUUUGCACCCUGUCUUCCCCCUUUCGCUUUUAUUGCCAUUCUUGCAUUACAGAUUCAUGUAACAGUUUUGAGAAUGUAACGUUUGAGAACACCAUAGGGAGAGCGCAGAAUUUCGAGAGGAAGUGACACGGAAAUAUGAGGAGUUCCGCCAGGAGGCGGGAUUGUCGGAGGAAAGUCGUUAUAAACUGCAAAAGUAUCCGAUACUUGUGUAAAUGCAUUACAAAUUUUCUUGGCAUGAGAAAUAAAAUUUGUAAUGCGGAUUUAGCUUCAGAAAAUGAUUUGUAAUGCAUGAUUGCAAUACGAGUAUCAGAUACUUUUGCACAGGAGCGUCGUGCGAAAACCCCCGUGAACAACGAGCCGCAAGAAGCUGGUACUGCGGCGACCGUGAGCAACAAGAAAAAAGAACUCCACCCGGUCGUGCAGAGCGUGUUUGAAGCGAACAAUGAGGAUGGCAAAAUGGAAAUAACGCCGAAGAAGCAGGUAGAAUUCGUGGAAGCUUUCGACCGGAUUAUAUGCAAGAAGAAAACUGUGGAAGUGUAAAUUUGUGUUGCAGAAGAGGAUGCAAGACACCAACACUUGUCAUGCUGGACAUGCAUCAGAGGUUCUUCUCGUAAAGUGUUUGCACCGAUACCAGCAAUACACAUGAGAGGUUUAUUUCUCUGUCAUGCAGGGCCGAGCAAAUUUGUGAUGCUGUUCCUCGAAGAAAGUUACACUUUUACAUAUUUUUUUUCCUGGAUAGAUCAACCGAUACUUUCACAAAAUCGUAGAAGGGAGCCCGGAAGAUACAGAUCUCGAUCGAAACAAGGACUUGUUGCGGGAAGCGAAAAUCGACUUUGACGCCCUGUUGGAGGAGCAUAUCAAAUGCAAAAAUGUCUGGGUCUGGAAGGAUGUAACUUGUGAUCAUGCUAUCUCUGGAUUCUAAAAAAAUCUGUAUUGCAUGACCAGCAAGAGGGGUCGGGUUUGUCCUACGUGGAGAGGGCAUUUCUCAUGCGGUAGAGGUAUCGCAAAGCCCUCCAAAAAUCAGUGAUGCUACGGCAUGCAUCACAGACAUCAUGGCUCAUGCAACAUAUGCAUGACAGAUCUAGAAAUCUUCCAGACCCAGACACUUUUGCAUUUGAUAACGCACGAUAUCGAGCAACCGUCCGAAAAGUGGCUAAAAGCUGAAAGAGCGUGUGAUGAUGUGCUGAAGGGGGAAAAGAGGACCUGCUUUGACUCGGAAGCCGAGCCGGACUCUGACGUCUCACAGGAAGGGCGCGCGGUGGAGAACGAAACGAACUUGCAGAAUACGGUAUGAACGACGUAGAAUUAUUGUUCCUUCCGGUAUCAUAUUGGUCGAAAAAACGGUAUUUUUGUGUUCUACAAACCAUGAUCCGUGAAAAAUCUACAUCUCCAUUUACGACGCAGCUGUCGUUGCAUUUAGAUGAACCGAAAACGAGAAAUCAUAAUCAAAGUCCAUACCAAAAUCGUUUCCCUCAGGUCCAGGUGCGUGCGGAGUCCCCCGUGGUCGCCCCCCGCUCGGCUGCGCAAUUACUCCUUGCCCCUGCUGGCAGUUCCAGGUCACCGUGUGCGGAUUCGUUCGAGGCCUUGAGACAGCAGGACCAGGAAGAUAGUAACGGCGAAGAAAGAAGUGGCGCCCAGGACGGGGAAGUACAAGGGCAACGUUUUGAAGAAGGUCGUGCUCCCGCGCAGAACGACGAGUUGGAGAUGAACGAAGGACAAGACCACGGUGACGCCGCACAAGGAAAAAAGGCAACCAAGAUGAAGAAGGCAAAAAAGAUGAAAAAGGCGAAGGAAAAUAACGAGAACAACACACCCGCCGCUCUGCUACAGGGCAACGCAACGUCCUCUAGCACGAUGGCCGGUCAGGGUGCGGUGGCGGCGCGCGGAAAGUCAUCGUCAUCGUCCAUUUUUAGUGCGGUACUGAAUUCUGGUUCCAUGUUGAAGGAUUUCAAAAAUGAUCUCGUUCUCAACAUUUUUGCAGUACUUACAGUCUGCAAUUCAUCACGGUAAUUACUUCGAUGUUUAGAAAUGUCACAGAAACAGAACAGAACUCUUAUUUUCUGGACCGGAAUUCAAUCCAAUUCGUAUAAUUACACCAAUAUCAGGUAUCGCACGGCAAGAAUCUCAUGGCGACCGUCCCUUCGAGCAGCAGUGUCGAACAGAAAAUAUGAGAAUGCACAAUCCCCCACGUCGUCCCCCGGAUCUGUAAUGCAUAAACAGAAAUAUUAGGAGCAUCGGCAACAGAAAGAGUACAGUAUGCGCAUUACAGAUUCACACAGGAGUAUAGUGCUGGUUGAGCUCCCGAGCGACCCCUGUCAUGCAACACUCACAACAAAAAAACGGUAAAUCUGCCUGUUGUCAUUGACAAACGAGGAAGCGGGGGGGCGGAGGUUUGUACACUCUCAUAGAGGAAAAACAACAUCGUGAACACCACCUUCAGUGCCGCGAAUACUACCACGCCGCACUCGACCGAUGCCACCAUGACCACUGCUCUGUACGGCGGUGGACAACUACAAGGAACUACGAAACAAAAGAGGUCCCAGAUGAAGAAGCUUACCGCCCCUUGUACCGCAAAGGCUCCGUCGAAAAAGAUGAACCCGUCCACCUCUGUCACCAACGGAUCAACUACGAAGUUGUCUGCAGCAUCUUCUACCAACAGCGGUACUACAAAGGGCAAAACGCCUGUGCGGAAAUCUGGUGGGAAGCAGCCGGCUGCUGCUAGCUUCUUAGUCGCACCAGCACCGACGAAAAGCUACGGAUCAUCUUCCUGGGACACGCCGAAAGUGAUAUGAGAGUGUACAACUCCCCCUUCCCCUCAUUUGUCAUGCAAAACCCCAAAUGCAAAUCCAAAACCAAAUGCUCCACUGUGGCACUGUUUGCACCACAGAUUCCUGUCGUGACACUGUUUGCAUCACAGAUUCCGGAUGAAUGAUCCCAAACAGUACUACAGUAGGCGCAUGAGUUUGUCAUGCACAGGCUUGACAUGUGGUGCUGUUUGUAUUGCUGUUCAUGCAAUACAAAUGAGGGGGAGGGGGGGUUGUGCACUCUCAUAAAGGGUUCAGCCAAUAUACAAACCACCGAGAAGAACUGGCGGUAGCAGCGGUGCAUCGGAGGACCUGCCGGUGGUAUAGUAAACCAAUUUUUGUCAAUCAUGUAUGCACAGAGCGUAUAGAUGAUGAAAUUGAGAUCUUCGUCAUUUAUUUCCCAUGAGCAGACGGUGUGUCCUCUGUAGGAACAGUGGCUGAAUAUGAAUAUGAAAUUUAUUCUUUCAAGAAAUAAAAUCGAAUCAGCAUUCCUAUCCGUCGCACACCUCCGGUAGCCUCGUCGAGGGUGAGCGGUCGCGAAUAUCAAACGCAAAAGUGUUUCAGUCCUCUGGAAAGCCGGGGCUUGUAAUGCUGGUCGCACAUUUCGCACAUUCCCGUGAAAAAAAAAUCCACAGUUCAGCAUCACAACUUUGCGUUUCCAGAGGACCCAAACACAUUUGCAAUGCAUAGCGGAAGAUCCGGUACCAGGAUAAGAGUCCGCAUAUGAACUGCAAAAGUAUCGUACUCGAAUAAAUGCAUUACAAAUUUUCUCAGCAUGAGAAAAAAAAUUUGUAUUAUGCUGAUUUGCCUUGACAAAGAAAUUUGUAAUGCAAGACCAGCAUUUAUACGAGUGCGAUACUUUUGCACGGGAUACCGCAGUUGUCCUUUGGUACGAACACCAAACACGGUAUCCUGUGCAAAAACGUCCCCACACCAGAGUCAAGCUGGGAAAUCUGCUAGACAAAUCUGUCAGCUUUUGCUGCUGCGCAUGACAAGUUUGGCCUCGCAGUGUAAUCCUGUUUAGCUUGUUCAGCAGCAUCACAGAUGUAGCAUAUCAUGCUGAUUCUAGCAUCACAAAUCCCACAACACGACUAGAGACUGCUUCUCAUGGGUCUCCGCAUGAGAAGCAUUUUCAGCAUGCAGAUUUGCAUUACAACUCUGGUGUGGGGACGUUGUUACAACUGAUACAGGGAGCGACCUCCUCGUCUAGCCGCGCGCCGUGGUCGUAAAGAAGACCGCAGAACAAGAACACGAUGGAGGUUUUCAGGCAGGGUCUGAUACUGUUGAUGGGUCGUGGAAAGGCGACAUAAGUAAAAUUUUGCAAGAUUUUAUAGAAACAAUCGAUUAGGUCUUUUAAUACAUGUUUCGUUGUUAGAAGUUAUUGUAGCACACCACUGUAAAAGUCCUACUUUAAAGUUUUAAACCAUGUACAUUCUGAUUGAUGAGAGAGUACUUGUUAUUGGCACGGUAGUUGUUCACGAAAAAUUGUACAAAAGUUUUAUAUUUGGACGACAAUUUUAGCCUGUUUAUUUACAACCUUGAGCAAGAACACUAAAAUCAUCACGUUUCGCUUGAUAUCGUUCACUUCAAGUAAAAUUCUACGACUAUAGUUUAACCGACGAUUUACAUUGUUGAUAUGACAAAAACAGGAAAAAUCAAAGUGCAUCACUACUACGACCCGUAAAACUUUCCGGCAUGGUUAUAUACUACAGCCAGCGGCGAAAUUUUAUCAAAUUCGAACCAGAAACCUUCGUUCUGUAAAGAGCCCGACAUGUAGUUGUCAAGGGUUCCCUUUGCACAGAAGAUUGAUGAAUAGGACAAGAAAAAAAGGAAUUGCAUAGAAACUACACAAGUUACUACACAUAGCAUAGAAGAAUAGUUGCAGUCGAAGCCACAUGAAAAUUAGCGUAAAAUCGGAAUGGUAGCGAGAAGAGGGUGAUAAAGUUAGACCACCAGAGCAGUAUGGAUUUCCAACGCAGCAUCUGACUCGAACUCGACGGAACAAGUCGAAGUCCUAAUCCCCGAAAGACACACUAAAAUAAACAACACGACAAAUUUAUUUGUAUUUCCGGAUGGGUAUCUUGAUGCUGAGUAUGCCAGAUAACGAACGAAGAUAUUUCUACACCUUUUCUCACACUCAGUUUUCAUUUUCCCCAUUACCACCUCUCAUGUAUCUAUUCUCGCCUGGCGUCAGUACUUCGAACAUAGAUUGAAAAACCGAAAAGAAUGAAGAUCUUGGAUCUCCUCCUCGUGGUUUUUAUUUACCACUGCUGCUUUUUUACCCUGUGGCUGCCUUGUUCGGACAGUGAAAUGUUGCAUCAGGAGCUUUCGUUUUUGUACGCAAGACGAAAGAGACGGAAAAACCAGAUUUGUAAUGCGGAACGCCAAAAGUUGACAAACAGAGAUUAUUUUUCCACAUGAACAUAAAAAAGAGCUUGACUUUUGUGCCCGUUUAGUCGUGUUUCACCAAUCUGUCAUGGUAAAUAAAAGGCGAAAUAGAGUGUGGCUUGAUGCUGUGGCGCGUGUGGGCAGCAAUGCAGAUUAAAAAUCUGUGAUGCUGAAAGAGGAAAAGUUUGUUCUUUUUCCGAGGCCUGAUUAAAAACGCCAUAAAUAAGAUUCCUUGCUCUUCGAAAAGUAAAACGACAACCAUAAAAGACUUACUAUACCACUAUUGCCUUGCGUUAACUAAAUAUCCUGAUGGGUAUGCCAGAUAAAGACUAUCCAACCACUUUGAUGGAAACAAGCAGACAGAAUUGAGCAAAACGUCUGACUCUGAACUAAAACUCCACUACAUCCGCUGUGAUGAUAAGAAGAAUGAGUUUAUUUCCGAUGGACAAACGCUUGUAGCUGUACAUCGAGAUUGAAUUUCAAUUUGGGAUCAUAAAAGCAACACAUGGAGACAACAAUACA